UAAUCAGAAUAAAGAUGUUCAAAACUCUGUUCGUGUUGUGUGCGGCUUGUGUGGCUCUCGGCCAGGCCCGGCCCAGCUAUUUGCCCAGCUACGAGGCGAUCGAGUAUGCGCCCACAGUGCUGGGCUAUGAGCACUACGCGCUGCCUGCCGCCAUCUCGCAUCAGAGCUCGACGGUGGUGCACGAGAAGCGCCCGUACCUGCGACCCAUCUACGAGCACCACCCAACCACCUAUACAGCCUAUGCCGGCAGCCCAUUGGGCUACAGCAGCGAAUGGCUCAGUCCCGGCUGGAGUGCCGGUGCGCUCAGCUACCCCAGCAUCUAUCUCAAGUAGAGCGUAUACCCCGUACACCGCGUAUACCCUGUAAUAAAUAAGUUUGCUUGGAUUCGGAUUUGAA